AUGAGUUACAAUCCCUUUCCGCACCAUCUAGACCCUAGACUUUGGCAGAUGAACCCUACAAUAUGGCAAAGACUCCCUGAAGAACUCAAGACCACGAUCGCCGCCGAAGCAGACGACAAGGAAAUUCCAACCCAGCGCGCCGUCAGCAAAGCUUUCAAAAAGCAGACUCAGAAGCGCUUUCUUGAUAACUUCAAGACCAGACGUGCCCCGUUGACCAAGAAUGGCCUGCAAAACCUGCUUUCUGCCGCCGAACAUGCCGAAUUUGGCCCUCAGAUUGACACAGUGAUUCUGGUUGUCGAUUGCAAAAGACGCAAUAUCGCCGCGUACCAUAACCUGUACCGACAGGCUUUGGCUUCGCUCAGUGCCAUCGGAAAUGUUAGCCGUCUGGGUAUCCGUUGGUGUCCCUCCCCAGGCGGCGAGACCGUCACCCCUCACAUCGCGGGCAGUCGUCUGGUAGCACAACUGGACAAGUUUGUGUACAGCGCUGCUCGUGCCGUGGGCUUGGGUCGCAGCGAAAUGAUCAUCGAGCUGCCAGAAGCACCCCUAGCCAUCGGCUCCCUCUGCCACACAUCCGAUGAUUACAGCAAAAUCAGUCAAUGGAUGCUCAGAAUCCAGGUCGGAUUCUCCUCUUUCGGCAAUCCUUCGGGCAUUAAGAUCACUCUUCAAUUCUACGACACUUCUCCAUAUCGCUGGGUUGUACCCUCAGUCGCAGUGACCUACCACGGUCAGGGAGCUCUGCAAAAGAUGGUCUGCCAUGGCUUAACCGCCUACCAUUACCAGACCUUUAAGAGCGUGUGUCACUUCUUCCACGAGAAGAUAGAGAUGUACCACUGCGAUAUCGACGACCGCCUGUUCAGUACCGCCAACCCAGUCCUCCGAAGCAUUACCAUCGAAGACUCGACGGUCUACGGCACCAACCUCGUAUAUCCCCCCAACAGCCCCUCUGGAUACACCGGUGCUAAUGUCAACCGCCUGUUGGCUCACAACUUCCUGUUCCACCCUAACCUGGAGCACCUCAGGCUCAAGAACAUCCGCCUGGGCACCCGGCAGUGGAUCAACGUCGGUGCCCACACCUUUGACGUUAGGGGUGUCGCUAAGCUUGCUGUUGCCAUCCCUAAGCUGCUGGAGGGAUAUCGUGGCUGGGAGAUUGCGUUCUGGUGUACCGACGACCCGGGCAUCAGGGUCAGGAUGCUGCGCAAGUGGCAGGGAAGUGGUAUGGGUAGUGGUAUGUUGGAUAACCUCCACAUACCACUACUCCACUACUACGAUGAGUAG